UACCUCCAAAAACCCAAACGCGUGUUCCAAUGUCACAACCUCCCCUCCAGCAGGUGGCGACACACACCCGCCGUUUGUUUGUGCUCCUCGGUCAAAACUACAGAAGAGGAAAACAAUAAUGAUGCGGACACAAAGAGAUUUUUGCAGAUUUUUGGUGAGCUUGUAAAACGAGCGAGAGGCUGCAGCUUCAACCGGAGAAGCGACUCUUCUUCUCCUCCUUCUCCUUCUUCUUCUGCGAAUUCAGAGCAGCUGCAGCAGCUCAUGUCUGAAGAGGCUGCAGGAGCAGAGCGGGCCCCGGAGGAGGAGGAGGAGGAGGAAGAAGGGGAGGAGGGGGGAGGAAGAGGAGGAAAAGUGGAGGGAGGUGAAGAAGGUGACGGAGGAGGAGGACGGGGCGGAUUUCCCAUGGACACCAUGAGCGCUCCGGUUUACUGUGUCUGCAGGAAACCAGAUAUCAACUGCUUCAUGAUAGGGUGCGACAGCUGCACGGAGUGGUUUCAUGGAGACUGUAUUGGAGUUUCAGAGAAGGCAGCCAAAGCCAUCAGAGUGUGGUACUGCCCGCCCUGCAGAAACAGAGACUCAUCACUGGAGAUUAAAUACCGUCAGAAGAAGAUGAAGGAGGAGAGAGAGUCGGAGCCGGAGAGAGAUGACAAAACUGAUGGAGAUGGAAGCUCCACCCCCCAACAGAAGACUGACAAGAGGCGGGGCUCACAGAUCAAGCGUUCGGCGAGGAUGUGUGGAGAGUGUGACGCCUGCCUGAGGACGGAGGACUGCGCUCAGUGCGACUUCUGUAAAGACAUGAAGAAGUUUGGAGGCCCGAACAAAAUCAGACAGAAGUGCCGCCUCCGGCAGUGUGAGGUCCGAGCCCGGAAGAUGCUUCGGGUCAAGGAUGAGGAGAUGAGUCGCAGCGGGGCCAGGGGGCGGAGCCUGUCGAGAAAAGGGCCAGGGCAUCACACUGAGGAGGAGGAAGAUGACGAGGAGGAGGGUUUCAGUGAGAGCGAGCUGGAGCUGUACGAGCAAUACAAAGCUGCCGGAUACAGAGACCUGGUGUGGCACAGUGAAGAGGAUGAUGCUCAGUCCGACUCUCUGAGGAAGAAGGCGGUGAAGGUGAAACACGUGAAGAGACACGAGAAGAAACCAGAGAAGAAGAAGUCCGUGUCUGUUCCGAAAGAGGAGGUGAAGCCUCGACGCCACAAAGUGAAGCAGCGUCACAGAGAGCGUGUGCGGCACAGUGAGCGAGCAGGAGAGGGUGGAGUCAAAGAAGUAAGCGGAGGUUUGAGGCAGUGUCUGGGUCCAGGAUGCAUCGAGCCGGCGAGGGCCAACUCCAAAUACUGCUCUGAGGAGUGCGGCAUGAAGCUCGCCGCCAAUCGCAUCUAUGAGAUCCUGCCUCAGAGGAUCCAGCAGUGGCAGCAGAGUCCCUGCAUUGCCGAGGAGAUUGGACGCAGACAGCUGGAGCGGAUCAGGAAAGAGCAGCAGGCGGCGAGGAUGCGUCUCACGAUGAUGGAGAAACGCUUCCAUGAGCUAGAAGGCAUCAUCGCCAACGCCAAACUUCAGCAAGUCCAGCAGCACGAGGAGGUGACUGAGGGUGACGGUGACGACACAGACUUUCAGAUCUUCUGUGUUUCCUGCAGUCACCCCGUCAAUCCAAAGGUGGCUCUGCGUCAUAUGGAGCGAUGCUACGCUAAGUAUGAGAGUCAAACAUCGUUUGGUUCCAUGUAUCCAACACGCAUAGAGGGAGCCACCAGGUUAUUCUGCGAUGUCUACAAUCCUCAAAGUAAGACGUACUGUAAGCGGCUGCAGGUUUUAUGUCCUGAACACUCCAGAGAUCCAAAGGUCCCAGCAGACGAGGUGUGCGGAUGUCCUCUGGUCAAAGACGUGUUUGAGCCCACCGGCGAGUUCUGUCGGGUGUCUAAGAGGAAGUGCAACAAGCAUUACUGCUGGGAGAAACUUCGCCGCGCCGAAGUCGACCUGGAGAGAGUCCGAGUGUGGUAUAAACUGGACGAGCUGUUCGAGCAGGAGAGGAAUCUGAGGACCGCCAUGACCAACCGAGCCGGUUUAUUGGCUCUGAUGUUGCACCAGACCAUCCAGCAUGACCCAAUCACCACCGACCUGCGCUCUGCCAAGGACAGGUAGACAGGUGACGUCAGGCAGACGUUUUCCUGGAUGAGUUUAAUGCUCGUUUGCAAUUUUAUUGUGGAAAUUUGUGGGAAGGUGAGUCAGAGCAACGUUUCAUUCACCAGUGAACAAAAAACAAGAGAGAUUUGAUUCUGACUCCAGCCUCAUUCAAACUCAGACCUCAUCUGAUUUUAGGAAGUCAAACCGUUUUUAUAUUUCAUAUUCACACUACUAAUGUAGGAAACCUGAGCUCUUACAAUCCAUGGAUGAACACUCAAAUAAACCUUCUGCUUAGGUAACACUGCAAUGUCUGCUGGAUCUCAGCUUAGCUUUGUGGGCAGUUGUAUCCUCACUGUUAGUUUUAAUAAGUUGGGGAUGACUGGACACACAAAUAUGAUCACAUUUGAUCCUGAAUGAGCCAUAAUGUCUAAAGAGGUGCUCAUGUGUCCUCCUCCUACUGGAAAGCUGCUCUCAUUCAGUUUAACCUACAAGUAUUACACUACCCACAUCCGACCAAUCUGAAAUGUGACUGUGCUUUGGAAAUGUCUUAAGGUUGAUGAUGAAACACUACAUGUUCACUAAAGAUGCACACAUUUUAUAAAUCUCGAAGUCAUCUUGUUACAAGUCAUUCCUCCUUGUUUCUUUUUACAAUGUGAGCCUGUUGCAGUUUAAAUAAAAAUUGUGUAAAUAUCAGUUUAAACUUUCCCCCAUGGGAUCAUCAAAAAAAAGUAAGCAUAGAAGAAAAAAAAAUGCUAGCCAUAAAAAGAUGGAUUCUGUGACUUGAUUGACUCUUGCUUCAGUCUAAGUGAAUAAACAGUCAAUGGGGUAAGCAUAGGGAAAUUACUUUUAAGCACAAAGAGCUGAAGUCAAGUGAAAUUAAUUAAAUAAAUAAAUAAAAUGAAAUGUCCUGAUAAAGAACUCUUGUUUGUAUAUUGAUGAAAGUCAAACUUUUCUGUGUGACAUUAAUUUCCCUCUGAGAGGAAACCCUUCAUUUCGAUCUCAGUGUCUCCUUUUUUAUAUCUGUUUUUAUCCUCAGUGUUAUCAGUAUGUUGUUAUUUGUUAAAAAUGUUUCAAUAAAGUUUGAUAUCUCAUUA